UCUAUGUCCCUAUGUGCGCGGGAGAACGCUCAACGCGACCAACGCGUAUUUUUCUAUGACAACCAGUGUUUGUUGUCUGCUUUUGACAGCACAUUUAGGAUACUGCAAAGUCCCUGUUUCCAGGAGAUGUGAUUUUGUUAGUCGUGAAAGAAAGGAUAAAGCCACAACUCGACUUCAAUGAGAUAUUUUCAUUCGGAUGGGUCAAAUUCAAAAUUGAAACCUGUGGACGACAAUCGCUGGAAACCUACAGACUCUAUUUUUCUGUCACAUAGUUGGGAAGAACCUCAAACCAACGUUAUCUGGGUGCAGAAUCCCCUCCAACAAUUGAUAAAUUCUGAAAACGGAUCUGAGAUGCCUACUGCAACAAUCGGUAGUACACAUCCCAACAAUGAGGAAUGUGGAAUAAGAGAUGUGUGGGCUCACAACUUGGAGGAUGAAUUUAAGGCUAUCAGACAGGUUGUUCAAAAGUAUACUUAUGUUGCUAUGGAUACAGAAUUCCCUGGAGUUGUGGCCAGGCCUAUAGGAGAAUUUAGGAGUUCAGCUGAUUAUCAAUACCAAAUGUUAAGGUGUAAUGUGGACUUAUUGAGGCUCAUACAGUUAGGUUUGACUUUUUUGGAUGACAAUGGAAAGACACCUGGAGGUUCUUACACGACAUGGCAAUUCAACUUUAAAUUCAAUCUUCAGGAAGAUAUGUAUGCUCAAGAUAGCAUAGAUUUGCUCACCAAUUCUGGUAUUCAGUUCAAAAAACACGAAGAUGAAGGAAUUGAACCCUUGGAUUUUGCUGAGUUACUUAUGACAUCUGGAGUUGUGUUGAUGGAUAAUAUAAAGUGGUUGUCGUUUCACUCUGGGUACGACUUCGGCUACUUGAUCAAAUUAUUAACAGACAAUAAUUUGCCCCAAGAUGAAACGGAUUUCUUCGAUUUAUUGAAACUUUAUUUUCCUACCAUCUAUGAUGUGAAGUACCUCAUGAAAUCAUGUAAGAACCUCAAAGGGGGCCUCCAAGAAGUAGCAGAACAGUUGGACUUAGAGCGAAUCGGACCACAACAUCAGGCAGGUUCAGAUUCUUUACUAACGGGAAUGGCGUUCUUCAAGAUGAAAGAGAUGUUUUUCGAGGACACAAUUGAUGACUCAAAAUUUUCGGGUCAUCUAUAUGGCCUAGGAACUUCUUUCAGCUUAAACGGAUCUUCCAAUUAUUCAAUUGACAAUGGGGAAAAUUCCACUCUUACCACAUGAAAAUAGAGAGCAAAACUAAGAAUAAUACCAAACAAAACCACAAAGGAGAACUUUUUCACAUAAAAGUGGACGGUGAACGAAACCAUCUGUUACAUUUGUAAAAAAGCAGAUAAUUUAUUUUUUACUUUUAAAAUGAACGAUGUAAAUUUAGUGUUAAGUUUUUCAGUAUCGAAAUGGAAAAACCUUUCCUUUUUUUAACUACGAAAUCGUGAGUCUAUUUUGUAAAAUAAAUGUUUCCAAUCUGUUUAUCAUUGCUUUUAUUAAUAAAAACUUGAGAUUAUA